GACUGGUUGGCUGGCGGGCUGUUCACUUGUGUGUUGGUGCGCGCUGACAUGUGCACCUUUCCUCACAUAUUUUGGGGAACACACACCUAUUCGUCACAUCCCUGCUGCUGUUGCUCGUCACCGAUGAACUCCCUCUAUAUCACAACAGAACGGUGGCUACACACCGCUGCACAUCGCCGCCAUGUACAACCGCACCGAAGUGUUUGACCUGCUCGUGCACUACGGUGCUGACCUCAACCUAAGAGACUACUCGGGCAAGAAGCCUCUCACCUACAACACCGUCGCCUCCACCGUCUCCCAGGACACGCAGAGAAGAAUCAUACAGCGAAGAAAUUCCGUGAAAGAGGCAGCCGGGUUCCUACGCAUCGGCUCUCUCAACGUGAAGGUGCGCAAGACCACGGAGGCAUUUAACAGUCUACUCUCCCGUGACGUGGAGGCCAGGCUACACCGUGCAUGGGGCUCCAGCGACUCGCUUCCCGAUACCGAUAAAGAAUCAAAAGCCAUGCCACCUCCCAAGUUUGGACCCAUCAAGAAGAGAAAGAUCAAGAAAGACCGUGACAUGGUUGCCCGCCCAGUGUCGGCCUACUCAGUGCUCACCCCUUCUGAAGACACCUCCACCUCCAUGCAGACCUCCUCAGGGGUGCCCAUCAAUGCAGACUCUGAUUCAGACUCAGCUUAUGGCUUUGGUUCAGACUGGCACUCAUAACCUAGAACCUAAGACUCAGGAAACAGGUUUCAUAGUGCGAUCAUUUUUUUAUUUGCAUGACAGCGUUUUGUGAUUUCUCUAAUGAGGUAACAUAUCUGUUUAAUAAUGAGGCUGUAGUCCUGUACGACCCAGCCACUAGGCAGAUUAGCUCAAUUUCUACUGUAAGUAAUAAAAUAAAGCUGCAGAUGGUCAGUUUUAUAUUUAGGCUUAUUAUGAUCAAAUUGAUCAGGUAGGACGCUGGCAAAGGAUGCCUUAGUUCACCCAGACUUUUAAGUAAUGCAAGAAGAAUAACUUUUUAUUCACUCCAUGUACAUAUAGUAGUUUGUGACAAAAGGCAGAGCAUUUAUUUUCUGACAAAUCUUUAUUAUUUAAAACAUAAUGAUAUAAGUAAUAAGAGCAAUGUAUUGUCUCAUGUAAAUAUGUCUAUUUUCAGUUACUGCUGAAUGCCCAGCUUCCCCACAAAAAAUAACUCAGAACACAAUCAAAACUCAAAAAUUAUUGAUCAUAUGCUGCACAUUACAUUCAUGGGGGGCACAUCCUGCAGGUGAAGGCCACUAAUAAUUAUGAUUUCAAACUGAUGAUCCUUCUAUUUCACUUCAGUUUCCAGUUUGAUAUAUCCAUGAAAUCUAAGUAAUGGUAAUAGAAAAGUAUACAUAUCUCAGGACUGGAUAUAAUGGGUAUCUACCACAUAGAAUAUUGGUAUCCAGCACAAAUCUUGCACAAAAGAAAUUUCCCCUUACACAAAUACACACUUGACCACACCGUACUCAGAUGAAUUGGAAUGAUAAAUUCAACACAACCUACGCCUUCCAGCCUUGUUGUAAAUGGUAAACAAAAACACAUGCACACAAAAAGAAAAGGAUAUAAUCACCAAUGUGUUUUCUUUUUCUAUUUCUUUGAGUAAUGGUGAGCCCAUCCCUUUGUCAAUAGUGUGUAAUGAUCUGUGUCUUGUCUCAGUUUAAACUGAAUAUGCACAUUGCUUGUACAUCAUGAACAACUUUUUUUUUCAAUGUUUUGUUAUAAGUGUUCAUGUUAUUGUGUUUCAAGCAGUUUGGUGUUGAUUAAUUGAAUGUAACACCAAGCCAGCUGAACCAUUCAUGCCCUCCUGUCUUACACUCAGUGAGCAGCCAUGAUGGACUGUUUCACAUUUUUAAGACAACAGAGCUUUUUGAACCAAAAAGCUUUAAAUGUGUGAUCAAAGGUAACAUCUUCCAUUCUGGUACUGUAUAAUACAGUAUAGUUGCAUUUUCAUUUUACAGAUAAUUAUAUUAGGAAAACUUUUUGUAUUUCUUUAUGAAAGUUUAUUGUUAUUGUAAUAUGGUUUUAUGCACAAGAUAUUUUAGUGCAUAUAAAUAUAUGAUGAGCUUGAAUCCAGCUGUGGCUGGCAAGUUCUGGAGGUAUAGUAAUAGUACAUCAAAUUUUUAGGUAUAUUAUACUGUUAUACUUGCUAGCAAAUGACAGCCAACUCUAGGAAAACAUUUUCACCAUACACUAAUAAUGACCUUUAGGAUACUUAACCUAACUGGCACCUCCCAGUGACUGAUGCCCAUAAAACAGGAAUUCUUUUUACCUAUCACCAUAACAUUGUAUCUGGUGGGGAUGCUGUCAAGGAAAUUAGUCAAUGUUGGAAAACCCCUAAGUGAAAUUAGACACACACACACACACACACACAUUGAUCAACUAAUGAGCCUUGCUUUAAUUGGGAGGGUAGUACAUGCUGGCGAUGAUGAGCCCAGCUCGUGAUCAAGGCCAUGGGUGAAUUACACACACACACACACACAUAUACACACACACACACAUGGCCCGGUAGCUCAGUGGAUAGAGCGCCUGCCUUACAACCUCAGUCCUACCCAAAGAUUGGUACUAUGAGCUCUGUGCUCUUCCAUAGGGGAACGGCUGGCUGUCUCAAGCGAGACCCGCAGCAGACCAAUAGGUGAAUUACACACACACACACACACACACACAGAACUGUGUAGCCUAUAUUAAAUAUGUACUAUUCUCACAUAUUGUUUAGUGCUGGUAAAUCUACUUACAAGAGUUUUGUGGUAUUUGGCAGUCACUUGGUGGCUGGGAAUCAAGCCCAUCACAUGACUCAUACCUGCAUUAUCAUCUCCUUGGUUGAUCAUUCCAUUACUACCUCUGAAACCAUAGACAAAAGAAUAUGUACAGCUGAUUAAGCUUGUAGGAGCACACUUCCUGGAACCUCUAAGAUCUUUUUACAGUAGUAUAUGACUUCUGUACUGUGAGUUUCUCUUGACUAGUUUGGAAUAGUACUAUAAUUGCUGUAAUGAUGCCCAAAACUGUUGGAAAAACUGUGAAAUCAAUCAGGGUGUAAUGGCUUUAUGAGUUGCAUAUCUUGACCGGAUCCCAGGACAGCAUCUUUAUUAAGCCCAUAUCCUGAUGGGCCAUGUACAGCUGACUACUAAUACCCUGUCAGCUCAGUGAGUAAUUGAAGCAUCACUACAUUGUUUCUGUAGUGCUUCUGCAGGAAUUUACUUUUGCAUAGAAACAGUGCUUUGAUACGCAUAGUAAAUGUGUACCUCUUUUUCUGGUGAGCGCUUUUGUGUAAUUGUUUUUAAGAUUGAUCCUCUUUUAUUUCACUGCUUCCUCAAGCAAUUGGUAUCAUACUUAGAUCAUUUGUCAAUAUUUUUUUUAGUUUUCAAGUUUUAUACAUAACAAAAAAUAUCAAAUCCUUUUUGUUUCUGUAUAUAUGUACUGUUAUUUAGGAGAGCUAAUAAUCAUAUGCCAUAUUUGCAGAACUAUUAGAUGUGCUGGCCUAUAAGAUACACUCCUGUUUUAAAAAAGAGAUAAAAAUUUAAUUUUUCAUCAUACACAUAUUUUGAAAAUGAUUUUAAAGUAAUUAUUGCAGAUCAGUAAAUUAUCAAUAGCUAAGAAGAAAUCUGGAGUCUGCUGUCAUGUUUAAAGGCACAUUGAAGGUCAGAGGGGCCUCAUCCAUGUCUCAUAUCUACCUACCCACCCCCCUCCACCCCCAACCAUCCCUGUCCCCAAGAUGUUCUAGAAAAAAUGCCACACUUUUCCUUAAAUAGUAUUUCUUGAUUUUAACGAACAUGCAUCCUCCAUUUAAUCUAACUCCUCUAUUAUAGCAUACAGUUCUCUCCCUUAUCAUAUCACUCUCCUAGUCACCACCAUGUCUUUUGCCUCUACUUCUGCUGCCUACAUCACCUUACUACUAUUCAUUAUUAUAGCUUUUCCAUACAUUACUCUUUUCCUUCACCUUACCAUCUACUUCCAUCUGACUGCUGUCCCAUAUAGCCCCUCACACCAGGCACAUUGAUCUUCCCCUUAACUCACUCACUCACCCACUCUGUGAAAGUACAAAAUUUCCAUGUUUCCUAGCAGUCAAGACAAACAUGUGAAACUCAGUUAUUUUAAAUUCAUAUUCAGUAGGCAUUUUUUGUGUAAUUUUUGCCCUAUAAAUGUAGAGCACCAUAAUAAUGAAACUAUGAAACCAUUGAUACAUGUGUUCAGUGUUCAGUCAUGCUAGCCAUGUUAAUUUUUUUUGCUGAUACGCCAUUGCCCAAACCCUUGUUUUUAGCUCUUCAUCUCUCUGGCUGUGUUGCACUUCCUCCACAGAGAUUUUUUUAUUAUGUUAGCAUCUUUCAGCUACUUCUCUUUAUAUCUUCCAAGUUCAUCAUUCUUUUUUUCAGUUUAUAGCAGCCCAAAGUACCUCUCUGUGUUGUCAUCUUGCCAUGAUCCCCUGCAUACUCAGUAACACCAAGCUUGAAUGCAAUUAUAUAGCAGUGUCUGCAUUUAUUUUGUGCUGUGGGUUGUAACAAAUAUAGAUUUUUUUUGUUAUUUUGAACACUUCCCCUUCCCCUUGAGCAGAACAGCAGGCUCUCUGUUGAUUCUUCAUUUUGUUAUGAAAAUUUGGGGUAAGAUAUGAAACUAUUAAUUAAUAACCCUUUCACUGUGUCUAUCAUGAUGUUGAUACUCAGCAACCAUCACUUUAAUUUCUUUCUUUUUCUUUUUUGUCAUCUGGUUAGUAAUGUAAAUGGCAACUAGUUUUCAAAAUUUACAUUAAAAUUUCAUAGGGAUGUAUACAUACAUUCAUCAUAUGUAUAGUAUUCCGAUAUGGUAAAGUAAUCCCAUUUGUUACAAUUGAUAGUAUCAGAUGUGAAGACAUAGCUUAUGUUAGUUGUUUGCUGGGGGUGAGAUCUACUAAAAUGCUUUUGUCUAUAGCUGCAAACCUAGCCAUUAUUUUGUGUCUUAGUAAGUUUCAUUUCUCUGAGCUUGUUAUUUCAUUGAAUAGUAUUACCCUGUAAGCUUUAUUAUUUAUGAUACAAUCUAAAUGUUUGUAUUCAGUAGGCUACACCGUCCCGCUACAGCUUAUCAGAAUUCACCUUUAACCCCAAAUUAUAAGCCCCAUGCCUAUGUCACUCAGCCUUCCAACAGUGAUCUGGGCAUACUGGACACUAAAUUUUACGUAUCUUUUUAUCUCAAAUGUGUCUUAUAGACCAGCAAAUGCAGUAAGUGAAAUACCAUGAAAUACCUUGGCAAUCAAUUUGAAACUGACAAGUUUCAUUAUAUAAAUAUGUUAACUUGUCCACAAAUAAAUCUGUUAGGAAUUCUGCAAUGGUCACAGAUGUGAAUCAAAUACUCAUGUUAAAUUAUUGUAUUAUAUAGUAAGUGUUUGUAUGUACUUAAUACCUUAUCAUUAUGUUCAUGAUAUUAAUUAGAAGUGUGGUAAAUGGAUAAUGUAUUUAUUUCUUCAAAUAAUGUUAGUAUAGACUAUCUGGGUUAUUAAUUUACAAAACAAGAGUAUAUUUAGGGUACUUUGUAUUGUUAGGUCCUUUAGCAACAGUCCUUAUUGCAAAUAGACAUUCCAUCAAUGAAUUUUCAAAUCUUAAAAUACUAAAGCAAACCUCUAAUUGGUUGUGACAUCACAAAGUUUCUUCAAAUAUUGAUCAUUGUUGAGCUGUUCUGUGCAGUGGUAGUAGAUAGUAGUUUUGAAGAUAUACUUGAUCUAAAACAUAGCUGUGUCAUGUUAAAAUGUUUACAAUGUUUUUUUUCUUUCAGUUAUAGUCUUGUACUUUCCUCUUUUUUUCUUCUGUCAUACAAACUGCUGCAUGUCCUUCACCACAUCCAUGAACCUCCUCUUUAGCCAUUUUCUUUACCUAUUUGCUGGCAGCUUAGUUUUUAGUAUACUUCUCCCAAUAUACCCAUCAUAUCAGUCUUGACUCCCUCACCACCUGGUUUCUGACUUUUAUAAUUUCUGGGUUGCCACUCUAUUACUUUUGCUGUCUAUCUGUUAUCAAUUCUAUGUAUGAUAUGACCUGACUAUAUCCAUUUAUCUUCCUUAAUAGUCAUCAAAACAUCAGCCAUUGUGUGUUCUCUAACUAAUGAUGCACGCUUCCCCUCUCUCUAUGUCAUACCCUGCAUUUUCUCUCCACUCAUCAUUGUGUGCCUCUUAGCUGUCUCCCUAAAUAGUUUAGGAGGCACCACAGUUUUGAACAUAUGUUAUGACUGACAGAAUAGAUGAUUGUACAGCUUUAUCUUCAGGGAGGGUGGCAGGUUGAUAUGAUGUUGCUAUUUUUACCCCAAACACUCCAUCCUGUUCCUAUUCUUCCUGAUUAUUUUAUUUGUGCAUUGGAUUAGCAUUAAUUGUUUGUCUUAGAUAUGUGUAUUCAUCUACUCUCACAAGUGUUUCAUUCCCAAUCAUUAUUUGUUGUCCUGCCAACUGAUAAUUAAGCAUUACCUUUGAUUACUUUAUAUUCCUCUUCAGGCCUACUUUCACACACAGGACAGUCAACCAUUCACUUAACUUCGUGGAUCUACAAACAUGUGUCCACACUCCAACAAUUUAAUUCUCCUGGAACAACCAUUAAUCUCAGCAAAAUAAUACAAGGCUGCAGGAGAGACUUUUCUUAUUCAUACCUGCAGGAUUUUUUUAUGGCAUGGCCAAUUUUAUACAAAAAAAAUCUAUGUACUCAUCUUUCUCUUCAGAACCUGAUGUGAUGACAAGUAAAAUGUUCUUCAUA